AAAAUAAACCCACAAAAAAUAAAAAUAAAUAAAUAAAAAAGAGAAAAGUGAUAGAGAGAGGUUGUAGGGGAGGCCUCAAUUCCAUUGCAUGGGCCCAUUCUACAUACCCAGAAAUCCAUUUGACAGAGCCACCCUCCAAUCACAGCACAGAGCCGAGGAUCACCUUCGUUUCCUCGCCCAAUUGCAAUCCAGAUAAGCCCCCUCUCCCUUCUUCCCACCCUCUCUCUGCGGUCCCUGCUAAAGAUCCCUCUUCUCCUGACUUCUUCCUCUGCUUAACCCACAAAACAAAAGAAAUUUAUAACACAAUCUGCCCCCGCCUAUUCCCUGCUCUCAAAAGUGCGCUUCUGGUGGGUCACCAUCCUCUAUAAUACUAUACUGUACCCACUUUCUUCAAAUUAUUGCUCCCAACUCCAACUACUGCAUUUGCCUCCCCUUUGGAGCUAAGCUGAAACUCCCAUUACUACCAGAAAGGAAAGGCCUUUUUCUUUCUUUCUUUCGGCCCACUUUUCCAUGAACAAGUCCCACACCCAGCAGCAAGUGGCCGCCGCCGCCAGCGCGUACGGCGGGAAAACGGCCAGGGCAUGCGACAGCUGCAUCAGGAGACGCGCCAGGUGGUACUGCGCCGCAGACGACGCCUUCCUCUGCCAGUCAUGCGACGCCUCCGUCCACUCCGCCAACCCGCUCGCCCGCCGACACGAGCGCCUCCGCCUCAAGACCGCCUCCCUCAAGUCCCUCUCUCUCCCCUCCUCUGACGAUGGAAGUAACUCGCUUCUUCUCCAGCAGCCGGCCUGGCACCGUGGCUUCACCCGCAAGCCACGCACCCCACGCGCCAACGGCACUGCUAAAACGACGUCGUCCCCCUCCGUUUCCAAGUCAAACCAUUUUGAAGAGACGCUGACGAUGAUGCGGGUCCCAGAAGUUGGCUGCGACGAACACGACGAGGAGGCGGCGGCGGCGGCGGAAGAGGAAGAAGAGCACCAGCUUCUUUAUCGGGUCCCGAUUCUCGACCCGCUCGAACUAUGCAACGCCGACGAAUCCUUCCUCCACCACCACCAGCAUACAGCCGUUUCCGCUUCAUCAAGCGGCGGAGGCGGCGGCGGCGGUGAUAGCAGCAACCAAGAGGAGAGCCUGUUGCAGAUGCAGGGCUUGGUUCUUCCGUCGGACAUGGAGCUGGCGGAGUUCGCCGCCGACGUGGAGAGCCUGCUCGGGCGGGGGCUGGAGGCCGAGUCCUUCGGCAUGGAGGAGCUCGGGAUUCUCGACUGUAGCAAUCAUCAUAAUGAUAAUAACAAAGACGACGACGACGGUGACGUCAGCAAGCUGGUGAAGAUGGAAACCGGCGAGUUCCUCGGCGGCGGAGGAGGAGGAGGAGUGGAUGAGUACUCCGAUGAGCAGCCCCUGUUCCAGCUCAGCUUCGACUACGGCGGGGACGAGGAGGCCGCCACGUGUCAGGAGGAGGAGGAUGAGAAGAUGGUGAUGAGGCUUGCUGCUGGAGCCGAUGAAGUUGGGGAUAACAUGGAGAUUGGCAAGAAGAGGAAGAGGAACAUACUGUUGAGGUUGAAUUACGAAGCUGUGAUGGCCGCUUGGGACACGUCGACUCAGGGCUCCACCUCCCCUUGGACGAACGGCCGGCGGCCCGAGUUCGACGUCAACGAAUGCUGGCCCGACUGUAUGGGAGGUUGCGGGAGGGAGUAUCUGCAUCAUCGUAAUCAGCACCACCACUUACUGGGAUACCAAUUGGGAGAAGAGAGGAGUUUGGGUGCGGCGGCGGCGACAGCAGGGGACGGAGGGAGGGAGGCGAGGGUGUCGAGGUACAGGGAGAAGAGGAGGACGAGAUUGUUCUCGAAGAAAAUAAGGUACGAGGUGCGGAAGCUGAACGCGGAGAAGAGGCCGAGGAUGAAGGGGAGGUUUGUGAAGAGGGCCAGUUUUGCGGCGGCGGGGAGUAGUACUACUGCGGUGCCUAAUUACACUUCUUUGGUACUCAACAACAAGAAGUGACCAUCAUCAAUUUGACGACCUUACUUAUUUGUGAACUUUGUUUUUUUCGUAUUUUUAUUGUUGAUGUUUGUGGCUAGCUAACUAGUUGGCUGCUGUUCUAAUUUGGCGUUUGAGCCGAUUGUUGCUGCUAUAGAUGCAACGCAAUGUGUGCAUGCUUGCUUUGUACAGUGGUAGUGAUACGAUGUGAAGUUGAAACUCGUGCUGGUUUUUGGCCUGGGAUUUGGUAUGCCCGAAUCCACGGUUUCCCCUCCAGUUAAUAAAAUGUACUUUUGAGCUUCUUGUAUGAAUGAAGCAAUUAAUGUAUCAUAAUUGGCAUCGAUCUACUCGCUGGAUUAGCAAGAAAAAUUAUUUCCGUGUACCCAAAUUCAGCCGGGGAGACUUGCGCAGGUUUGUUCAUCUUGGCUCUUGUUUUGGUGCUUCUCUUGGAUGAUGCAUGCAACUAACUUGUUGAGAAAGAAAGCAGUUAUCAUGGAUACAGCACUUUGACAGGCUUGGCGUGUGGAAAAUGAGACAUUACAAGCUCAGUUACUCAAUACUUGACAGGCUCCUAAUGUCAUAGACUAUUGAAAAUUCGAGUCGGAAUAAUUAUAAAGACUAGUACCAACGUCACA